AGACAUAAAUAAACAUUUAUUAGUACAGUGUACUGUCAAAAAGUGGUGAAGUUUAUCCCCUUUUAGCUUUGAGGUUUGGACCUCAGCGAUGGGAGGCGGGGAAUCUGAGCAUCUUUUCUACUUGAGUUUUAUCUAAUCGAGCGCGUCUUCCUCUUCUAGAGGGCUGCUUUCAACUGAAAGGAUUUUGGGAAAAGACGUCCAUGGGGGAAAUCUACCUCCGAUCCAAGUUCAAGAUCAAGGUUAAUAUCUGGAUCAAGUUCCAAGAGGAGAAGGGCAUAUCCUAGUGGUCGCCUGAGGGGUCUGUCCUGGCUGGCGCGGCGUUUAGGAUUCCGGACUCCGGACCUGGUAGGCUGCGGCGUUCCAGGGGUCGGCAGCUUUGCAGAAGUGUAGGCGGAACAGAACUUGGAACUCUCUAGCGUCCGCGGGUCCAGGGCUGGGGAAGAGGGGUGGAGGCCCGCCCAGGGGGUGGGUCCGAGCGGAAUCUUGUAUAAGAAGGCCCCGCAGGCGUCGCCUAAUACCGGCGCUCGGAGCCCAGGAAAGGAGGAGGGAAGAGGUGUAGGCCAAGAAAGAGAGGACCAAGAGCGGGGAGGAAGCGCGAGAUGGCUCCGCCUCGGGGGCUGCUGACGCUGCAGCUGCAGCUGCUUCUCCUGGUUCUCUGGGGCUGCUGGAGCCCGAGCUCCGCGGGUAUCUACUACCAGAAGGGCCAGAGCUGCUAUCGGCCGCUGGAGGGGUUCCAGUCCCGGGAGCACAGGACCUAUCCCAGACCCCAUGAAUACAUGGCUCGCUCUAGUCUGCCCAAAGCCUGGGACUGGCGCAACGUGAACGGGGUCAACUAUGCCAGCAUCACCCGGAACCAGCACAUCCCCCAGUACUGCGGCUCCUGCUGGGCCCACGGCACCACCAGCGCCCUGGCAGAUCGUAUCAAUAUCAAGAGGAAGGGAGCCUGGCCCUCUACGCUCCUGUCUGUGCAACACGUGAUUGACUGUGGCAAUGCUGGGUCCUGUGAGGGUGGCAUGGAUAUCCCUGUGUGGGAAUACGCUCACAUGCAUGGCAUUCCCGAUGAGACCUGCAACAACUACCAGGCCAAAGACCAGGAAUGUGACAAGUUUAAUGAAUGUGGCACAUGUAAUGAAUUCCAUAAUUGCUAUUCUAUAAAGAACUAUACUCUCUGGAAAGUUGGAGACUAUGGUACCCUUUCUGGAAGAGAAAAAAUGAUGGCAGAAAUCUAUGCAAAUGGGCCUAUCAGUUGUGGCAUAAUGGCAACGGAAGCCUUGGAUAACUACACUGGAGGGAUCUAUUUUGAAUAUAAUCCUCAACCUAUGAUAAACCAUAUCAUUUCUGUGGCAGGGUGGGGUGUUAGUGAUAACGGAACAGAAUACUGGAUUGUCCGAAAUUCAUGGGGUGAACCCUGGAUCGUUCUCAAGGACUUCAAUCAGACUGAUGCCCUCUUCAAACCUUGGUUCAUUAAUCUCUUCAACUCUCAUGAUAUCGUCAUUCUAUUUUAGCCAUAUACAAGGAUGACCUUGAUUAUAACUACUCUUCUUCCAUGAUCCAAAACUGUGACCAUAAACUCCUAUCCCAUCACAUUCAACCUUUGCCUUAUAUCUCCUAAAUUUAUUCUCCAUCCUCAAUAUGACCUUUAGUAUCUAUACCCUAAUCAACUCUUCAAGAUUCAUUACUCCUGCUCUGGUCUCACUUCCUCCAGCCUCAGUCUUGAUCCUCUGAUUGGCUCCCUCUGAAUUCCUUGACCUCUUUUUUUAUACUUGGUGGCAAUCAUACCAUGCCAAAUUCCAACACUAGAUAACUUCCACCAAUGUCCUUCUCUGUUCUUAGUUAGGUGCUGCUGAAGAUCAUAGAACCAUGCUCUAAAGGUUCAGUAGAAUUUAAUGUUAUCUCCCCUUAAUCAUGCCCAGGAAGUAGUCAGCAGCUAUUCCAAAUCUCUUUUUUCCUUCUGAAAACUACUCUGUCAUUCUCCCAUCCUUCUUCUGUAAAGGUCUUCCUUGUUUCCCACUUUACUGAGAAAACAGAGGUCAUCUGUUCUGGACUUUCACUUCUUCCCUAAUCAUUACCUUAAAAAUUUUCAUCAUCUCUCCUGUUCUGAGAGGACACGAUACUUCUACUUCUUAAGGUCAAACCCUUCACUUGUUCUUCUGAACCUCUUCACCUUCUCCUCUGGGAAUCUCUUCAUCUCCUGAUAAUUCUCUCAUUUUAAAUUUCUUCUUAUUACUGCUCAAAGUACUUAAUAAAUGGUUGAUGAAAUGUACUGCUGAUUGGUAGUAUUUAAUCAUAUGCAUAUUGAGGCAAAACUCUUGGAAAAGAAAUUCCAAGUGCCAAACAACACACCAGGGCUCUGUUCAUUCCUCCUUUAUCCUCCAUUAUGCUAUAUUAGGGAAUUAUAGGAUUAAGGGAUAAUUUGAUUAUAAAUCCACUAUAGGUCUAGGGGAUAUCAUAUCCUGUGUAGUACAAAGGUUUUGAGACUGGCUUUAAUACAAUGCUUUCAUUAUUUCAUGUCUUAACUGCUCUUUAUUUUUUAAAAAUAUGUUCUAACUAGCCAAUGUAAUUCUACUAUAUGGUAAAAUUCUGAUUUAUUAGUCAGGAAACCUUAGUUAUUAUAUUAAUGAUAAGCAUCGAGCAGAGAUAUAAAAACUUCAGUUAUUUGCAAAAGCCUCAAAACCCCCAAAGUUUAAAGUUUAUUUCCUUCAGUAAUUAUCAGCAAUGUAUCAAACCACAAUUCUGUUUCUUAAAGAUAAACCAACAAAUGAGCCUAGUCAAUUUAGAUCUACUCUUUCCAAACCCCUAAAUACCUGUCUGAAUGAGCCACUCAGCCAAAAGGUUUACAGUCUGGGCCACAGCAGUAUAGUUCUCUGAUAAGAGUUGGAUUACAUUCUCUGGAGAGCCUCCUGCCUGAAAAUACCUGGAAGGGUUGAAAAAGGAUCAAUUAUACUAUAGGUAAUACAGAAAAUCUAGCAGUUUAGAAAGCAGCUGCAGUAAGGCAGCUGGUUUGCUAUCUUAAUGACCCUGAACAACAACUUUCGCUUCUCUGGUCCACACCUAUGUGAGAGAUGAGAGGGUAGGAACAGGCAACCUUUGAAGUUCCCUUUUAGCUCUAAAUCCUAUGAGCCCAUGACUCUAAAUGAUUGCAUUUUAAGUUAUCCCUUCUGCGUACAAAUACAAAUCAGAAUCUUUUCCUUUUACCUUUUGAGUGUGUUGAAUAUGGAAGGCUCCAUUAUAUAAUCCCGGGUGGAAAAUUUGUGCAAACAUUCUUGUUGGACUUCUGCAUCAUCUUCUCCUUCUCCAUAAUCAUCAUCCUGCUAUUAUUAAAUCCAGUCACAGCAUUAAAACUUCUUAUUCCAUAAAUAUCUCUUUUUCUACUAUCAAAAACACUUAUGAGGUCAGACUUGUCAUCUAGCUCUUUCCAAUUGAAGAGGAAUAUAUGACUUAGAAAGUGAAAAGAAACUUUAAAAGGUAAUCAACCAAAAAUUCUUCAUCGAUUACCUAAAAUGCAUCUAGAACAGUGCUGGGUAUUAUGCUUGUUAUGAAAGGAUAUGUUCUCCAGAGGCUUACAAUUUAAUUUAGUUAAGAGAGAGUGACAAACUGUUCAUGUUUGCAAAUCUUAUAUGCCAUUUUAUAGUUACCAUAAUGCUAUAAAAAUUAUGUUCCUGACUGAAAAAGUUCUGAGAAGUAUGACUUUAAUAAGAAAUGUAAUAUUCAAGGGUGGUUUUAAGGGUGAACCUUAAAAUAAGAGGGGCUGAAUAAUUAAAUUAUUCAAUAAAUAUUUACUAAGCAUCCAAUACAUACAAGGUACUGUUUGAGACACUGAAAAUACAAAUUCAAUAAAUAAUCCCAGUUCUCCAGGAGUUUAUAAUCUACUGAGCAAUUAAGACAUAGAGAAAUGAGCAAUAACUUUUAAGGUUGAAAAUGAUUAAUUUCAUAGACGUGGGGGUUAGGGCAGAGGAAUUUAAGAAGAAAGGAAUCACUUGGGGGUAGGAAUAGAAGACUAAGUGGAAGUCACGAAUAAUGUGGCAUGUGAAUUGAACCUUGAAGGAAAAGUAUUUCAGUAGGUAGAAUAAAAAGGAUAGAAAGGAGUAAAAGGAUCAAGGAACACCUCUCCUCACUCCAGGAUUUCAGGGAUGGUUUUACUUUACAUCAAGAUAUCUGCCCUUAUGCUUGGGGGGCUUCAAUAUAUAAGCUGAUAUUUCCUCUCAAACACUCUUGCAAACCUCCUACAAACUCUCUAACAUACAUUCUCUUCCCUGUAGCCACAAAUAGGGAUGGUCAAACUAUUAUCCAUAACUAUUCCAUUUCUGUAACCAAGAAUUCUCAAAUUCUUUUGAUUAAAAUCUCUUAUUUGUUUCAACUCUCUCUGAGCCUCACUCCUUUAACACUGAUUUUGUUCUUUAAUGUGACCUCUAAACCCAAAUCUUAGCUUCAUGUCCCCUUGAGCAUUGCUGGAUUAUCCCUCACAUUGCACUUUCUCUGAUUUUACCUGUUGCUAAAUAGCGUUGAAGAAAGUCAGAUAACUGUGCUGCGUUGACCAUAUUUGUUAUCUAAACAAAAACUGGGCUCUUAGUGUAACAAAGUAACCCAUUUACACUUCCUGACUGAAUCUUUCUUCACAGUUGAUUUGUCAAACAUUUUUUCUCCUAAAACUUCAUGCAAACUAUCUCUUGCUUGGUACUUUAUUGAGAGACCAGAGCUCAUUUACCUUGAACUUCCUCUUCUAUAUGUCAAAAUCCCUUAAUAUUCCUCAACCUUUACUCCUUUAUUCUAGUACCUGAUAAAGAGAUGGCAGUUCUGCGUGCCAAGGUCAAUCUCUCUACUAACAUUCCUAUAGCAUUUUGCCAUGGUAAUAAUCAUGCACCAUUUGAUUUCCAAUCUCUAUCAGAUCCUUUUUUACUCCCUACAAAUAUGUUUGCUCAUGUCUCUGUUCAUGUUUGCAAAUUUUAUUAUAUCAUUUUAUAUUUGUACCUUAGUGCUAUAAAAGUUAUGCACCUGACUGAACAAGUUCUGAGAAGUGGGGCUUUAAAUAAGAAAUGUAAUUCAAAAAAAUGUUUUUAUUAUUCUGAAGUUGAUAAAUAGCAAUAAGUAUUUUCACAUUUUGAACAGAAAGAGGAUUGCAUAUAAACAAUGAAUUCCCAUUAGGUACAGCUUAAAAAAAUUAUAUAACAAAUUUGGCAUAUCAGUUCCAAAGCUGCUUUCCUUGGCUGUUUCCUUCUGAACUCCCAUUUGUUUUAUUCUGUGCAAUAAAAAAUAUUUUAUCAAUGUCCUUUUCUUUCUUAUACCAUUCUCAUCCAUGCAUGUUUCCCCAAACUGAACAAACAAGUAUAGCCAAGCAAAAGGUACCUCAUUCUGUGCCUUGAUACUAAUAUCUUUCUGUCAAGAGGUGAAAAGCAUGCAUGGCUCUCUGCAGCCCCUCUGAUGUGGGCAAUGCACUGAUGAAAGUUAAGUCCAAGUUGUGUUUCUUUACAAUGCUAUAGUUACUGAAUAAAAAAUUCUCAUGGUAUACCA